AUGGAUCUCGACGUUCUGGCUGAUGCACCGAAGUUGGCCGAGAAUGCCGCGCAUAUCGCUAAGAAGAAUGCGAAUGCAGCCGGGAAGGUCGCGAAUCUGUCCGACAAGGUGGCCUCGCUGGACGUCAAGCACAAUGCUUUCUUGGCGAACGGUCAUGCCAUCAGUGCCGCUCACGAAGCCGAAGAGGCGGAGAACCAUACCAACAUAGCCAAGCAUGCUGCGGAACUCGGCGAUCAUGAAACGGCGGGGCAAGCCGCAUUGGCGGCCCUGACCAACGCACAGAAUGCAUCCAUGCACGCACAGUUGGCUGCACAUGCUGCAGAAGACGCAGGCGUACAUCCAGUGGUCACGAACAAGAUCGCGGAUGAUGCGGCAGAUAGUCAUGCGGAGGUGGAGCAGGCAAAGA